AUGUCUGGACCAUUUGGAAUUCCGUUGGGAGUAUUGACUGAUUCAUAUAAAGCCAGCCACGCUUUUUUAUACCCGCAGACUGUGAAGACAGUUGCUUAUGGAGAGUUUCGUGCCGGAUAUGAACGAGACCGAGACGACACACGGCUUGUAUUUUACGGAAUUAGAUUCGUAAUUGAAAACUACAUUGCAAAAAAAUGGACGAUAGAAGAUGUUGACUAUGCAGAACAGUUUUACGCAACGCAUAACGCUAACAACACUCCGUUUCCGUACCCAAGGGAACUUUUCCUAAAGUUUAUAAACGAGAACGAAGGAUACUUUCCGGUGAAAAUAGAAGCUCUGCCCGAGGGUACUGUCUGCCAUGCUCACACACCAGUAUACCAGAUUACUGCUGAAAAAGAAUAUGCUCCUUUGGUUACAUUUCUUGAAACACUGUUGACGAUGGUUUGGUAUCCCACGACAGUCGCAACGCUUUCGCGCAGAGCAAAGGAUCUGAUUCAGCAGGCGUAUGACGAGACAGUUGAUGAGGAUGGAUAUGCAUCUCUAGAGAGUCGAUUACAUGAUUUUGGUUUUCGUGGAUGUACCUGUCUAGAGCAGUCGAUUAUUGGAGGUUCCGCUCAUCUUUUAAAUUUUACGGGUACCGACACAAUGAGUGCAGCAUACUAUGUACAGUUCAAUCUUAACAAUGGCAAACCCGUUGCUUCAUCAAUUCCCGCAACAGAACAUUCUAUUAUGACUGCGCACAAGACUGAACGGGCGGCAAUUAUGCAGAUGAUAGAAAAGUUUGGCUCGGGAGUAUUUGCCUGCGUUAUGGACUCCUAUGACUACGCAAAUGCAUUAGAGAAGGUUUUGCCAUCUGUUGCAUCAGCUAAAGUUGGAAAAGGUGGCUUCAUGGUGUUAAGACCUGAUAGCGGAGAUCAAGCUGAGGUCGUUUUAAUGGCAUUGAGAAAAGCUGAUGAAGUGUUCGGUAGUUAUGUCAAUAAGAAAGGAUAUAAGGUCAUUCGAGGAUGCGGUGUGAUUCAAGGCGACGGCGUUACGACAACUACCUUGAAAAGAAUCAUUAGCACUGUAAAAGACGCUGGAUAUUCUCUUCAGAAUGUUUCGUACGGAAUGGGAGGCGGUUUACUUCAGAAAUUGAACAGAGACACAAUGAGUUUUGCAACAAAACUCUCACACAUUACGUACAAGGACGGCACAGCACGCGAUGUGAUGAAAACUCCAAAAACUGAUGGGAGUAAGUUCAGCUUGCCUGGCGAACUCAUGGUCGCUAGGAAUGCCGAUUGGGUCCCCAUUGUUUACCCGAAAGAUACACCAUCAAUCCCAAGUGAAAGUAACCUCCUGAAACUUGUCUAUAACUACGGCAAGUUGUGUCCGUGGGAAACAUUUGAUGAUGUACGGAAACGCGUGGCAGAUCAGUGGAGUAGGACGCCUAAACACUAUGAUAAUAUUAGUCCAGCCUUGAAAGAAAAGAUUAGAAAAAUGGUUGAAAGCAAAAAAAGCGCUGACGAGUUGCAGUUGGGAAAUUAG